CUCUCGCGGUAUCAUCCGGUUGCAGAGGCCCUUUAACAAAGGUCUCGCGAAAUUUCUUCCACAGGUCCAGGCUAGCCUCUCACCCUACUCCACCCCACCCCCAACCUGUCCUUGCUUUCUCUUUAAGUCACAAAAUUCUCCCCUCCCCUCCCUCGAGCUCACAGCCCUCCUCCCGUUUCCUAUUUCAGACCGGAACCGGAAGUCUGGUGGGCGGGCCCGGCAGCGGAAAACGCAGCGGGGCCAGAGCCGGGACACGGCUGUGGCCGCUGCCCCUACCCCCGCCACGGAUCGCCGGGUGGCAGGACUGCGCGGCUCCAGGCUGAAGGUCGGUCCGGAGGCGGGUGGACCUGGGUCUCACCCGGAUUGUCCGGGCGGCACCAUCCCGGGUCCUCCCGGGAGCCGCGAGGGAUCAUGUCUACAGCCUCCGCCGCCUCGUCCUCCUCCUCGUCUUCGGCCGGUGAGAUGAUCGAAGCCCCUUCCCAGGUCCUCAACUUUGAAGAGAUCGACUACAAGGAGAUCGAGGUGGAAGAGGUUGUUGGAAGAGGGGCCUUUGGAGUAGUUUGCAAAGCUAAAUGGAGAGCAAAAGAUGUUGCUAUUAAACAAAUAGAAAGUGAAUCUGAGAGGAAAGCUUUUAUUGUAGAGCUUCGGCAGUUAUCUCGAGUGAACCAUCCUAAUAUUGUAAAGUUGUAUGGAGCCUGCUUGAAUCCAGUGUGUCUUGUGAUGGAAUAUGCUGAAGGAGGCUCUUUAUAUAAUGUGCUGCAUGGUGCUGAACCAUUGCCCUAUUACACUGCUGCCCAUGCAAUGAGUUGGUGUUUACAGUGUUCUCAAGGAGUGGCUUAUCUUCACAGCAUGCAACCCAAAGCUCUAAUUCACAGGGACCUGAAACCACCAAACUUACUGCUGGUUGCAGGGGGGACAGUUCUAAAAAUUUGUGAUUUUGGUACAGCCUGUGACAUUCAGACACACAUGACCAAUAACAAGGGGAGUGCUGCUUGGAUGGCACCUGAAGUUUUUGAAGGUAGUAAUUACAGUGAAAAAUGUGACGUCUUCAGCUGGGGUAUUAUCCUUUGGGAAGUGAUAACACGUCGGAAACCUUUUGAUGAGAUUGGUGGCCCAGCUUUCCGGAUCAUGUGGGCUGUUCACAAUGGUACUCGACCACCACUGAUCAAAAAUUUACCUAAGCCCAUUGAGAGCCUGAUGACUCGUUGUUGGUCUAAAGAUCCUUCUCAGCGCCCUUCAAUGGAGGAAAUUGUGAAAAUAAUGACUCACUUGAUGCGGUAUUUUCCAGGAGCAGAUGAGCCGUUACAGUAUCCUUGUCAGUAUUCAGAUGAAGGACAGAGCAACUCUGCCACCAGUACAGGCUCAUUCAUGGACAUUGCUUCUACAAAUACCAGUAAUAAAAGUGACACUAAUAUGGAGCAAGUUCCUGCCACAAAUGAUACUAUUAAACGUUUGGAAUCAAAAUUAUUGAAAAAUCAGGCAAAGCAACAGAGUGAAUCUGGACGUUUAAGCUUGGGAGCUUCCCGUGGGAGCAGCAUGGAGAGUUUACCCCCAACGUCUGAGGGCAAGAGAAUGAGUGCUGACAUGUCUGAAAUAGAAGCUAGGAUUGCUGCGACCACAGCCUAUCCCAAGCCUAAACGGGGCCACCGUAAAACCGCUUCAUUUGGCAACAUUCUGGAUGUCCCUGAGAUCGUCAUAUCAGGCAACGGACAGCCAAGACGUAGGUCCGUCCAAGAUCUGACUGUAACUGGAACAGAACCUGGUCAGGUGAGCAGUAGAUCAUCCAGUCCCAGUGUCAGAAUGAUCACUACCUCAGGACCAACAUCAGAAAAGCCAACUCGAAGUCAUCCAUGGACCCCUGAUGAUUCCACAGAUACCAAUGGGUCAGAUAACUCCAUCCCAAUGGCUUAUCUUACACUGGAUCACCAACUACAGCCUCUAGCACCGUGCCCGAACUCCAAAGAAUCUAUGGCAGUAUUUGAACAGCAUUGUAAAAUGGCACAAGAAUAUAUGAAAGUUCAAACAGAAAUUGCAUUAUUAUUACAGAGAAAGCAAGAACUAGUUGCAGAACUGGACCAGGAUGAAAAGGACCAGCAAAAUACAUCUCGUCUGGUACAGGAACAUAAAAAGCUUUUAGAUGAAAACAAAAGCCUUUCAACUUACUACCAGCAAUGCAAAAAACAACUAGAGGUCAUCAGAAGUCAGCAGCAAAAACGACAAGGCACUUCAUGAUUCUCUGGGACUUUUAAAUUUUAAAAUAUGCAAAGAAAGACUUUUUUUUUAAGGAAAGAAAAACCCCUAUAAUGACAAUUCAUGAGUGUUAGAUUUUUGGCGUGUUCUGAAUGCCAUCUGCCUAUAUUUGCUGCGUUUGUUUCAUUGUUUGUUUUUCUUUUCUCGUGGUGGACAUGCAAUUUUACUGUCUCAUUCAUAACAUGGUGGCAUCUGUGACUUGAAUAAGCAGCAGCUCUCAUCAUCAGAACAGAUGCGGUGAACUGUGGCUGUAUAUGCAUGCGCAUUGUGUGAAGGCUAGCCUAACAGGACAGAGGGUAUCAAACUGGCUGCUAUAUGCAAACAUCAUCCUUUUUUCCAUAUUAGAGGUGGAACCUCGAGAAUGAUUUCGUUCUUGUAUCUCAUCUCAAAAAACUAGUAACUUUUUUUCCAAAAGAUGGUAUAUACCAAGUUUAAGACAGGGUAUUAUAAAUCUAGAAUAAUUGCUGGUACAUUAUAGAAAUACAGAACUUUUAGGAAUAGUUCAAAGUGAGGGCUUUGAUGCCAGCAUCCUUGGAUCAGUACUGAACUUAAUUUCAUUUAUAAAAUAUUUAAAGGUAAGUAGUAGCUGAUAUAUUUAAUGAAAGCAAUUUUACCAGAUUUCAUUAGACUAAAAUUUGAUUAUGAUACAUUGAACAAAAUUAAACCCUUUUUUUUAGCCUAAAGAUUUUUAGUUCUGUGAUUGUGUGUAUGUGUUGAAGCUAUAAAGCUUUUAUGAAUCUAUUAUUAAUAUCCCUUAAGUGAAAUUAAAAGGCAAAAGAACAUAAUUCAGUUUAAAUGAUCAUUUCUUCCUGCAAUGAUUAUUGGAUUAUUUUAUAUUUAGAAAAAACUGAAAAGAAAUAAUGGAAAAUGGAAAUAAUUACUAAAAGGCUUGGGUUUAGAUUUCUGUUUUUGAUACCAAAAGAAGAAUAAACCAGGCAAAUCAGUAGAAGUUAGUGAGGAAGUUAAAACAGUAAAUAUAAAUCCAAGUAUCCCCAUUAUCUUAGAUAUUUUAACGACUGAUAUUCCUUGUAAGCCCAUUCUGGAAUACCUCCUGCCUUUCAAUACUGUUAAGAGAAUUUCAACGCUUAAAAAGAGAGAAUAUUUAUAUUGUUAACAAUAACUUUGCUACCAACCUUCAAAAUAACUUAAAAGUAAUAAUAAAACAUCAUUGAAAUAAUAGACUAUACAAGCUCUAUUUUUUCAGUUGGCAUUAAAAUAAGUCACAUUUUGAUACCAAUGCAAGGUGUCUUUUAAAUAAAGAUGUCACCAAUCUCAUUUUUAUAGCAUUAAUGUUUUAUGAAGAGAAAUUUUUAAAUGAAAGCAAAAUUGCUGUGAUUAUUAGAAUUCUAUCGUGAUUGUAUUGUAGUUUUGCUCUAUUUCAGAUAAGCAAGUUGAUCUAAGAAGUUAUCAAACUAUUCUUAAAAAUGCUAAAGCAGGUAAUUUUUUCUUCCAUUAUUUUUUCCUCCUCCCACUGAGUUUUAUAGUGAAUUCCUUGUGUAUACAAGGAAUAAAGGUAAAGGACAGUUUGUACUAAGCUGUGUCACUUUUAGCUUCUUCAGAAUCUAUUAUUAUAAAGCUUCUGGGAACUAAAUGUCUUCCAUUACUUAGUUUAAAUAAAAAGAAGGUUAUCAUUCCCAAAUAAUUUGAUUACUUAACUGAAACUGAUAUUGGACUCAACAUAGUAACAAUAAAAUAAAAUUGACAGAGACAAUAACGAUAGACUAAGGAAAAGCAUAACUCAUCCAUAGCAUCGCUGCUUGUAUGUACAUUUUCACUCCACCAAAAGGGACCUAGUCACUGUUAAAAGGCUUUUCUAAUUAUCUCAGAGCACAAGAUGUCCAAGCGUGAGUGCAAAAGCUUAACGUUUCCAUUAGGAUUUAGCAUUAGAGGUUUCAGAUUUUAUUUCUAGUUAUUGAUAUGUUUUGCUGUAUCAUAACACACGUAAAGGGAAAUUUUAUUAUUGUUACAUGCAGUCACUUCAUAAAAAUAUCCAAAUAGGUAAAUGGAAGAAAAUAGUAGAUUUUUUAGUCAUGGUACUAAAUGCAAAGGCUGUUGAACAGUUGCUUGUUUGUUUACAGUAAGUUCCAUGGGAUUUUCAGUACUGUAGUUGUCCUGGACAUUGAGUACAGUUCAGCCUUACUCUGUUUUGAAGUAGUUGUGUUGCCAAUCUCAUACUUUUAAAUCCUAAUGAUCUCUGGAGACGGGAGAAAAGGACACCAGGGAUAAUUAAAAUCCACAGCCAGUUUCAUCAGUGUCCUCAUCCAACAAACUUUCAAAUAAAAAUAUUUACUGGAGCCAAAGCUUUUAUUAAAUCUGGUUUUACAAUUCUAACCCUCAUUUUUUUGAGUGGGAAUAGCGAACAGACGAGCAAGUGGCUGAAAUGCCCCAGUCUAAGAAAUGUACAGACAAACACUGAUAAGCCCUAAUUCCAGGGAAAGAAAGCAAAGCUUUUAUCUAGUCUAGAGGGAAAUACUCCUCAGCAAUAAAAACUGCUUUUUUGAGUUGACUAAAAAUCAAUUAAGAGUAUUUUACCUUGUAGCAACACAGCAUAUUGAAAAGAUUUGUUAAAGGUUGUUUACAAAUGUUUGACUAUUUUUGCUGAAGUAUUUUAGAGUAUUGAAUGUCUUUUUUUUCUUCAAGUUUUUUUCAUGUUCCUAAUUUCAGCUCUUGCCUAUAGCUAGAGGUCACAGGUCUUCCCUGUGAAACUUUUGUUUCUUUCUAUAAGUGUGUGUGGUUUUCAGCGCUCAACUCCUCUCUUCAAAUGGUAGUAAGUUCUACUUCUGUCAUUCAGAACAUUUUAUGUAAACUGAUGUAAUGCGGAAAUUCUUGUGCAUACUGUGUAAUUGAAGGAAGCUUUUUAGAUUUAUUUUUGUUUUUAAUAAAAUUCAGAUUGUUAUUCUAAA